AUGAACAUAAUUUAAUAGUAUAUAAAAGAAGAAAUUAAUCCACAAUUAGCACAACCUAUAAACUAUGUCAGCCUAACUUUUGAAAACGGAGAAUCUUAUUAUGGAAAUAUAUUAAAUAAUAAAAAACAUGGUUUUGGACUUUAUAAAUAUUAAAAAAAUGAUUUAUAUGAGGGUGAAUGGGAAAAAGAUAAAAAAAAUGGGAAAGGAGUAUUUUUAUAUGCAGAUGGUUCAAAAUAUGAUGGCGAAUGGCAUAAUGAUAUUUAAAAUGGAUAUGGAAAAUAUUAAAAAGAUAUAAAAUAAAUUGAAAAUUAAUAAUAUGUUUCAAGAAUAUAUCAUAAAUAUGGGCAUGCAUUAUAUAAAAAUGGAGAUGCUUAUGAAGGUGAAUUUUAAAACGGAUAAAGAAAUGGAAAAGGAGAAUAUAGAUUUAAAAAUGGUCUCAAAUAUAUAGGAAUUUGGGAAAACGACAAUUAUGGAGGAUUUGGUCAACUUUCGAAAAACAAUUAAAUUAUUUAUGAGGGAAUGUGGAAACAUGGGUAAAAAAAUGGCUAAGGUAAGUAAUUUUAUCCAGAUGGGAGCUACUUUUUUGGAAAUUUCUAAGAUGACAUGAGAGAAGGGAAAGGAACUUUUUUUUCGAAUAAUGGCGAUGUGUUAGAGGGAGAAUGGAAAAAAGGUGAAGAUUAAAUUUAAUGUUAAGUUACUUAUAAUAGUGACAAAACUUAAUAUUUUGGAGAAUAAAGAGAUGGAUAAAAAAAUGGAUUUGGUAAAUUAAUUUAUGCAAAUGGAGAAGUUUAUGAAGGAUAAUUUCUUAAUGACUUUAAAUACGGAAAAGGAAAGUAUAUAUAUUACAAUGGAGCUUAAUAUGUAGGGGAUUGGAAUUAUGAUGUUAUAUAAGGAAAUGGAGUUUAUAUUUCUGAAAACGGAGAAAAAUAUGAAGGAUAAUGGGAAAAAAACUUACCAAAUGGAUAAGGGACUUUUAUUUAUUAAAAUGGUGAUUAAUAUCAAGGGAAUUGGAAAGACGGAGAAAAGAAAGGAAAAGGAAUUUAUAAAUAUUAAAAUGGAAUGUAAUAUGAAGGAUUAUUUUCAAAAGAUAAAAAAUAAGGAUAUGGAAUUCUCAUUAAUGGAAAUCUUAUUUAUUCAGGAUAUUGGAAAAAUGAUUAUUUACCUCAAGGUAAUCUUAUAAAUACUAAUACAAACGAAAAAUACAAAGGAUAAUUUAAUUAAGAAUUAGAAAUGCAUGGAAUUGGUGA